GAAUAAUUGAUUAGUUCGGGAGAUAUAUAGUAGGAGUCGGUGGUCUGUCUAGCCAAUACUAAAGACACUACACCACUCCGAUAGUGCUCAAGGGGCUAUACUAUCCCCUUCGCAACCAAACCCCCACAGAUCAAGAUGAGCAACAGUAGCAACAAGCUCUUCACCGGCGACCCCAACAAAGUCACCGUCAUCCGCCAGCUCACACCAGAGAUCAUCACUUUCAGCGUGCCGUUUUCUCGAUUUGGAGUGUUAAAGUUCGGUGGGAGGGGAACAUUGAUCAAACUCCCCUCCAACAACCUCCUGGUCUUCUCUCCCGUGACCCUAACCUCCCAAAUCCGCACCGUCAUUUCCAACCUCGGCGGAAAAGUUCGGUAUUUGGUUGCCCCCGACAUCGAGCACCACAUCCACCUGUCCGCAUGGAAAACCGCCUACCCGGAAGCGCAGAUCCUCGCGCCGGAGGGGCUGUAUGAGAGGCGCGUGAAGCAAGGGUUACACCCGAAACAGGACCAGCAUGCUACGAAUGACCAUCCACCGACUGACGCAGCAAACCACCCACCCCCGGCCUCCUCCGACGGGGUGGACUUCACAUUCGACUACAUCUUCACCCCCACCAACCAACACACUCUGACGACCCUCCCCGCGGAAUUUCGCGCGACGUUCGAGAUUGAAUACAUCCACAGCCACGCCAACCGCGAGAUCGUGCUCUUCCACAAACCUUCUCGGUAUUUGAUCCAGGCGGAUUUGUUGUUCAAUCUGCCCGCGUGGGAGCAGUACUCCCUCGCUGAAGAAGAUGCGGAUGCCGGGGCCGGGUGGUGGAAUCGGAUGUUCAUGGGGUGGAUGAAGACUGCGACUGAGGCAGAGAGAAAGGCGCAGGCGAGGUUCAUCUGGUGGGUCUUGGCGGCGGGGGAUCGGAAGGCGUUUGGGGAGAGUGUCCGACGGAUUGCGGCCUGGGGUGUGGGAGCGGGUGGCAUGGGUAUCGUGCCGUGUCAUGGGGAUGUGAUUGAGGAUCCAGGGACGGGGAAGGAGGUCUUUGAGGGGGUUUUUAGAGAUUUUCUCAAGGAGUAA